CAUACCCGGUGCUUGGGACGCUUGCCAGGUGCGUGCGACUCAGCACGGUGUCCACAGAACUCGGGUGGUUCCGCCUGGUCCCCGAGCGUUUCCCCAAGGCCAGUCUCCAGCCCCGAGAACAGGCGAUAUUCUUCGCGACAGUAGACGACAGAAAGUGUACUCGUAUAUGCAUGCGAGCUCUUUGCAACUUGGUGACGUUUCCCACUUUAUGGUGCAGGACAUCCUUCGCAGCGGUAAGUACCACACUCCCAAGUUGUACACUUAACCUCAGUCAUGGCGCCGCAAGCACAAACUCGCAGGCCCAACUUCCUCGUCAUCCUCGUCGAUGACCUCGCGUGGUCUGACACGGGCUGCUUCGGCGGCGAGAUCUCGACCCCGCACAUUGACGCACUCGCCCAGACGGGCCUGCGCUUUACAGACUUCCAUGCCUCGGCUCUGUGCGCGCCCACGCGGUCGAUGCUGCUCACCGGCACCGACCACCACCUCACGGGGCUAGGCCAGCUGCCAGAGUUCAUCGCCCGUUCGCCGUCACACUCGGGAAAGCCGGGCCACGAGGGCUAUCUCAAUGACCACGUCGUUGCCUUUCCCGAGCUGCUGCGCGAUGCAGGCUACUUCACGACCAUGAGUGGCAAGUGGCACCUGGGGCUCGACAAGGAGCAUAGCCCUUUGGUCAAGGGUGGCUUCGAGCGCUCCUUUGCCAUGCUGCGCGGCUGCUGCAACCACUACGCCUACGAGCCCGAGGUCGCCAACAAGGCCGACGUCCCAGCCUUCUUUUCGACCAACACGGCCGCCUACCACCGCGAGGACGAGCACAUCGUCACAAAACUCCCCAAAGACUUUUACUCGUCCGAUUUCUAUGCCGACAAGCUCCUCGAGUACCUGACCGGCAACCAGGAGUCGGACCCCGACAGACCGUUCUUCGCCUAUCUGCCCUUUACCGCCGCGCACUGGCCGAUCCAGGCGCCGCGGGAAAACAUGGAGCACUAUCGGGGCCGGUACGACGCGGGGCCCCUCGCGCUGCGCAAGGAGCGCAUCGAGCGGCAGAAGAAGAUGGGGCUGAUCCCGGAGAACGUGGUGCCGCACCCCGUCGUGGCUCCCGAGGUGCCCGCGUGGGACGACAUGACGGACGAUGCGCGCGCGCGGUCGUGCCGCACCAUGGAGGCAUACGCGGGCAUGGUAGAGCGCAUGGACGAAAACGUCGGCAAGGUCGUCGAGUACCUCAAGAGGUCUGGGCAGUAUGAGGACACGUACAUUUUCUUCCUGAGCGACAAUGGGGCCGAAGGCGCGGCCAUUGAAGCCGGCCCCACGAUGCAGGGCAAUACCCUUGCGCACAUGCAGAAGUACUACGACAAUUCCCUCGACAACAUUGGUCGCGCAAAUUCGUACUGCUGGUACGGACCUCUGUGGUCGCAGGCCGGCACGGCCCCGUGUCGCCUGCACAAGUGGUUCAGCACCGAGGGCGGGAUCCGCGUGCCGUUCAUCCUGUCCAAGCCUGGACUGCCCCGCAAGCAGGAGGCCGGUCAGAUCGAAUCCGCCUUUGGCACCGUCAUGGACCUCGCGCCGACAAUCCUGGACCUUGCUGGCGUUCCUGCACAGAACGGCGGCGUGUUCAAGGGGAGGCAGGUGUACCCCGUCAAGGGUGUUUCGUGGAAGCACUGGCUCGCGAGCACAGAUGGUGGGAAAGAGCUGAAGGUGGAUGAAGACAUGAUCCACCCCCCGGAUUACGAGGUAGGCUGGGAGCUCAUGGGUUGCGCAGCGUUCCGCAAGGGCUACUGGAAGGUGAACUGGGUGCCGCCGCCCAAGGGGCCCGGAAAAUGGCAACUGUACGACCUGUCUCAGGAUCAGGGAGAGACCAAGGACCUGGCAGAGGAGAUGCCGCACAAGCUUGAGGAGCUGGUCGGCUUAUGGGAUCGGUAUGCCAAGGAUGUCGGCGUGGUCGGGCUCAAGAACGAGCUGCAGGAUUAUCGCGCCCUUACGGCGGAGGAAAUCUCGGCAGAUACCACAUGGCUGCGGUUCAUGAAUGCGCACGAGGAGCCUGUAGGAGCAGCUGCGUGACGCGCAGUUCCCACGGCGUAUUCCUUUGAAAGUCAGGAUGUCGACUUGCUUCACUGAAGGACAAAGAGAACAGAACAACCUUGUCAUGGGUAAAGCUAUCAAUUUCAC